AUGGACGUGCACUUUGAGCGGGACGACGCCGAUUGCACGCUUGGCGUCAAAAAAGCAAGCGAAGGGUGCUAUGUGCUCAAAGACGCGGUAAGCACUUCUCAUUGUUCAUCAAUUUUCGAGCUAAUGUUCUUUAGGUACUUGUCGAGUACAAAGUGAACGGACAAUUGGCCGGCAAAAUCAAGGCGCCGGUGGAGGGAGUGGUGACGUACGCGCAGGGCCUCGAUCCCAAAGUCGCCCUGAGCAAGGUAGGCUCUAUUUGAAGGUUUUAGCGAAUGUUUCCGAAAAACUACGCUUUUCAGGGCCAAUUGAUCGCAAGAAUCGCCGACUGCACGCACGCGAUCGUCAUCAAGGAUAUGUGCGCGACGUGCGGCAAGGAUUUGAGGGAACGCGGCGGACGAGCGGGACAGCGGACCGAACAGUCGACGGCGAACGUCUCGAUGAUCCACCACGUGCCGGAGCUGAUCGUCUCCGACUCGCUGGCUCAAGAGCUCGGAUCGGCGGACGAGUCGAAUCUGAUCAACACGCGCAAACUGGUGCUGUUGGUCGAUUUGGACCAGACGAUCAUUCACACCUCGGACAGACCCAUGACCGUCGACACUGACAAGGUAGGCCGCAGAAAAAAAUUCAGGAAAACGGGAGGAAUUUUGCAGCACAAGGACAUUACAAAGUACACGCUGCACCAACGACUGUACACGACGAAACUGCGCCCGCACACGACCGAAUUUCUGCACAAAAUGGCGCAAAUGUACGAGAUGCACAUUGUGACGUACGGACAACGACAGUACGCCCAUCAGAUCGCCAAGAUAUUGGAUCCGGACGAGCGUAUCUUCGGACAUCGCAUCCUCUCGCGUGAUGAACUCUUCUCGGCCCAGCACAAGACUCGCAAUCUCAAGGUUCGCCGCUUUUUUCGCCGUUGUUCUACGUGGAAAUGCAUUUGCAGGCGCUGUUCCCGUGCGGCGACAACCUCGUCGUGAUAAUCGACGAUCGGGCGGACGUCUGGCAGUACUCGGACGCGCUCAUUCAGAUCAAACCGUACCGCUUCUUCCGCGAAGUCGGCGACAUUAACGCGCCGAAGGGAGCCGAUCGGAAAGAGCAUCGGAUGCCGUCGGAGAUUGAAGACGACGCGCACGAGGACCGCGUUCUUGAGGAGAUCGAGCGGGUGCUCACGAACAUUCACGACAAGUACUACGAGAAGUACGAUCUGCGGCCGCACAACGACUCUGUCCCUCUUCUUGACGUCAAGGUAUGCAUAGGGCAUGACACUGCAGAAACGUACCUUUACCUUGUUCCGUAUCAACCUCGAUGAAAUGCAUUUCUGCACUGUGUCAAACUAUUCCAAUCCAUUUGCAGGAAGUGAUAAAAGCGGAGCGGAGAAAAGUUCUCGACGGCUGUGUCAUCUGCUUCUCUGGAAUAGUUCCGCAGGGCCAGAAGCUGGAGCACACGGACAUUUACCGACUCUGUCAGCAGUUCGGCGCUUCGAUUGUUCCCGAUGUCACGGAGGAGGUGACGCACGUCGUCGCCGCUCGAUACGGAACACAGUUAGUCUUUUAAUUGUACGAAAAUCCACGAUGGCUGACUGAAACAUUUGCAGAAAGGUGCAUCAGGCGGUGCGUCUGGAGAAGCACGUCGUCAAUGUGCAGUGGGUGUUCGCGUGCGUCGAGAAGUGGAUAAAAGCGGACGAGAAGGUGCACGAGGUGACGAAAGACUCGACGCCGCCGGAGGGCCGACCGCAAGGAUCCAAGUACGUCAACGUCGAUCUGGGCAACGAUUUGGCCAAUAUGGACACGAUCGGCAAAGCCCAGAUGGCCGAGAUGAAUGCGGAAAUCGACGAGGCAAUGUCGGACGAGGUUUUUUUUAGCGAUUUUUCUUCAAUUUCUCACAAAUAGUCCGCCGUUUUGCCAGGAAGAAGACGAAGAUGAGAACGAGGAGGAGGACGGCGACGACGGCGACGACGACGACGAGGAAGAAGAGGAAAACGGAAAGAAAAGCGAGGAGAGUGCGGAAAACGAGCCGAAACCCGAGGAGAAACGUGGCAAGAAGCGAGCGCAUUGUCCGGAGGAGGAGUGGGAGAGCGACAAGGAGGAGGUACGCUUUCAAUGCGAUUUUAGAAUUUUUUUUGGAAUUUUCCAAAUUUUUUGUUGAGUAUUUUUCUUUGAAACAUGCGAAUUUAUUGCAGGAAGAAGACGAUGAGGACCCGCCACUUUCCUACAAGGCGCUUCUGUCGAGAUCGCGGAAGGAGGGACGAAUUGUGCCGGAAGAGGACGAACAGGACGUGUUCGACGUCGACGAUGAGGUAGAAAUUGAGAGAAAUUGAUUUCUAAAGCAUUUUUCCGCCAAUUUCAAUGCCUUUUUGCAGAAAGGCCACGUGUCGGUGACGGGCAACGACGAGGACGGCGAAAAAGAAGAAGAAGAAGACGUCGAGGACGAGGAGAAGGAUGAGGACGAGCAAGAGACGGACGACGACGACGAAUUCGAGGACAUGGCCGCUCUGGUGGAGAGACAAAUCAGCGAGACGGCCGACGAUCGCGCCAAUGACAACGAACCUCUCUAA